UUCAACCAACCAACCAACCAACCAACACUCUCCUCCUGAACUGAAAAACUACCAACACAAAGUAGCUAUUAACAACCAAAAUUUCGCGGAGAAGAAGAAAGCCGAAACAUUCAAAUUACAGGCUGAAUCAUUAUGGUUUGCUUUUGUUUUCUGGUUGAUCAGACACGUAAAGUGCGUAGAAGCAAGCCGGCAGCCGGGUUUUGCUCGAGGUGCGGUGCUGGAGCUAGCGUAGCUGACAUUAAAACAGCCACAAGAUUCUGCUACGUUCCAUUUUAUUGGAAAUCUUGGAGAGCUAUUAUGUGUACUUUCUGUGGAGCCAUUCUUCGAUCUUACCGAUAGUUUUGGACUCGGAUACAUGAACUCGAAAGAACAGAGGUUUUAUAUAUAUGCUGAAGGGCUUCAAAUUAAAAUCUUAAACCACCGAGUCCCGGCCGAGACUCUCCAUCUUGACGAACGGGGUUUCUGAAUCGGCUGGCCACUAGAGUUUUGAUGUCAUAUAAGUGCUUAUAUGUAGCUCGAAUUUAUCAUGUAAAGUAUGAACUUCUAUUA